CCUUGAAGCGAGCAAAACAAAACAUAGAUCCGAGUUUGAACCGAGUGUGAGCAGCCACAGAGCCCCGAAGCUCCGCGCUCCCCUCUCCGCUCUCAUCCCCGCACAGAGCAGCCUGGGGCCCGGGUGUCUGCGCUGCUCGGGCCGCUCCUCCUCCUCGAGCCCCAGCAUUUCUGUUCCAGGCCCCGCUACUCCUCUCCCCGCUCACAGCAGCCUGUGCCCGCGCUCCGUGCUGCUGCUCCCCGGUCUGAGCCCCGGUCUGAGCGCUCGGGACCGGGACGGAGCGGGAGCGUUUGAACCAGGUGGCGCUCACAAAAUGGCGGCAGAGGAAGCUGCGCAGAAGGAGCACAAACAGGGCGUUGACGUCACGUAUCGAGGCGCCGCAUGCUCUUUUCUCCACUCGCGACAAAAACACGGAGAGCACGGAUCUAACACGGAAUAGGACGGAACCGCGCGGAUUCAUGUCGCGCCGUCGAACCCCGCGCUCAGUUCGAUCCAGAGGAAGGACCCCGACAGACCGGACCCAGGACCUGAGGGGCCGUGAGGGGCAGUAGAUGUCUCAAUCCGUUCCAUGGCUCAGGCGCAGCAGAGAGAGAUGGUGCUGCUUCAGGAAGAGCCCUGUGGCAGGGCGCCCUCUACUGGAGGGUACAGGUGGGGUAUGGAGAGGGGAAAAUCGAGCCCUCACCCUCAGAAAGAGACCAGACCGGAAGAGAACCUGCCUCCGGAGUGUGUCCUCCGGGGCAUCCGGGUCACUCUGGACAACAACAGCAUGUGGAACGAGUUCUAUCGCUGCAACACGGAGAUGAUCGUGACCAAACAGGGCAGCCGCAUGUUCCCGUACUGCCGCUUCCGCUUGUCGGGCCUCAGCCCCCAUAAGAAGUACAGCCUCCUCAUGGACCUGCAACCGGCCAACGGCCACAGGUACCGCUGGGGUGGGUGCAGCUGGCAGGUCUGCGGCAAAGCCCAGAGUCCCAUUACAACGCCGCCCUUUGCCCAUCCUGACUCCCCCGCCUCAGGCCAACACUGGAUGCAGAGUCCGGUGUCGUUUUACCGCCUCAAACUGACGAGCGAUGCAGACGACAGUAGCGGGAAUGCAGUGCUGCACAUGAACCAGCUCUACCUGCCACACCUGCAUGUGGUCCAGACCGACAGGACCAAAGAGGUCAAGCUGAGUGGGCCUGGAGUCAUCACCUUCACCUUCCCUCAGACAGAGUUCAUGGCGGUGUCGGCAUAUCAAAACACUAGGCUCACACAGCUUAAAGUGGAGUACAACCCAUUCUCCAAAGGCCUAAAGGACGACACUGCAGCAAAGGGACUCAAACAGCACUGUAAUGAACCAGGCCCAGAACAGAACCCACUCAAGAAGAGCCUCAAGUCUCUGUUAGCAAACCACAAACCCAAGAGCUCCAAACUUGCAGAGCCUAAAGGAGAACCUAAAGAACAACAAGAGGUUCCAAAAACCUCCACAAACCAGCUCAAAACCACCUCCACAGAUCAGCCCAAAUCCUCUUUCACAGAACUGUCCAAGUCCUGCUCCAAGGACGAGUCCAAGUACAGGCCCAAAGACCGGUCAGAGCCUGCAGCUAAAGGCCCAACAGAACAAACCUGCCACACUUCUCGGCCAUCACAGAAGUUGUUCUCGGAGCGAAUUCGAGAGGCGCACGUGGCUCUGCAGCGGUGUAACCUAACUCAGUAUGAAGUCCAUAGCAUUUCCUCUGAACAAACACCAAAAAACUGUAUGAAAGACUCUGAAAAAGAGGGAACAAGAGCUCAAAACUGUACGAAGAAUGCAGAGAAAGUGAAAAAGGAUUGUUCCAUUUCAGACAAAGACGACUCAAGGGCCGAAGUCUCUAAGGAGAAUAAACCUGUAACGUCGACCGCCUCAAAAUCUGAAUCUUCGUCUGAUGUAAGAGUUCACAAACGCCCGGCCACAUUGCCUUUGUCUGCGCUCGGGUUGUUCCUAAAGCAACACUCCGCAAAAUCAAAAAAGACAAAAGUCGAAACGGAAAAUACUAAAGGCUCAAAACCAGAAUCACAAAAAACAGAAACCAGACUUGAACCAUCUUUGAGCAAGUCUAAAGACAUUUCUGACUCGCUCACAGUAGCUGAAGGCAAAGGACCUAAACAAGAAUUAUCAAUAGAGAAAGCAGUAUCUCAUAAACCAGACCAUAAGCUAAGACUGUCCUCCAGUUCAACCAAGAAACAGGAGAAUUUCACACUAGAAUUUCAGAAUUUGGAACAUAAUUUGUCAAAAGAAGAAUCUGAUUCUUUGCAUCAGUCAAAGCAAGAAUCAUAUGCAACAGACAUACCCAAAUCAGAGCCUAUGUCAACAGAAAGGCUAUCAGAAUGUUUAUCAGUAAUUCUACCAGAAACAUCUAAGCAGGUACAAAGUGUUCCAAAAUUUCGAAAGAAACCGAAAUCACGUAAAAGGUCCAAAUGGCACAAACCAAAACCAAAACAACCAACUCAAACGUCUCAUUCAGUGCUGUCUUUGUCUGAAAGUUUAUCGUCUAAACUCACUCUCUCAAAGAAUGUUUUUGGCGAUGUUCCUAAAACAAACCAGCAUUUAGAUUCUCAUUUAGAGGAGCAAAUGAAAGAGACUGAACCUUCUCAGACUGACCUGUGUUUAGCUUCAACCUCAACAGUGUUACGAACCUCUCCUCCGCCAUUCUGUGUCCUCCCCUCCAUUUCACCUCCUUUGGCUACAGUGUUACCUGGCUCCGCCCCUCUCUCCUCGGCUCCUCUGCCUGAUCCGGAGUGUGCCAGGUUUGGGUUCGAGCCACUCUCUCCAGCCAGUUCCCCAGAACCUCUCCCUAAUCUCCCAGAGUCAUUAACCUUAGAUUUAGAACCACCCGAAGUCCCUAAGAAUAUGACACCUGACCUCGAGAAAGACGAGGGCAAAAUGGAGUUGUCUGUGUUUAAGUGGCAUACUGUGUUACCGCCGCCAGAGCAGUGCCUGGCCGCCCCCUUCUCACCAUUUCAACCCCCCGUUUCCCCCCCUGCGCUUAACUCUCAGUCUGAAAACAGCGCCCCUUCUCUGCCGCCCGAAGCCUCUGCGUUUCAGGAACAGUCUUUACCGUUUCCGGGGGAACUGUCGCCUCUCGCGCUUCAGUUUCCGGUGUCGCCCACAUUUUCUUCGCUGGACGGAGACGCACUUUCCCCAACUGAUCUCACGGAGCUGGUGCAUUUCUUUGCGGGCGCUGAUGCUGAUUUGGGGAUUGGGGAUGAUUUUUCGAACGCAACAACAGAAGAGCAAAUGCCGCAGGUUAUGGAGGAGAGGCCAGAGGAGAGGUCUGAGGAAAGGCCAGAGGAGAACGUAGAGCUGCAGGCGGAGAAGAGAGCUGAUCAGAAGAGGCCAGAGCACACACCCAGAGGACAGAGGAGCAGGAAGAGGAGACGAGGAGCUGCUAAAGUGGAGCUGGAGCCGGACUCGUCGUACGCUGUUAUGAAGCCCAGUCUGGAGGAGGUGGAGGAGCAGCUGUUUGUUUCAUUCACCUCAAAGGAGGCGUUGGAGCUUCACAUUGGAGACUCUCCAGAAAACUCUCAGACUGGCCCUGCCCCCUCAGCUCAUACUUACCCUGCACCUUUGUGUCAGACUGGCUCCACCCCCUCGACGUUUGGCUCCAAAGACACAAGCGGCGUUCCAGAGAGUCUGAAGCAAAACCGCCCAGACUCUCCUCCUGAAUCCUCCACCACACAAGAACAAAACGAGGAAACAACAGAGCGCAAACAACACAAGGCCACAGGAGAUAGGGAACAAAACAAGGAGUCAGGAGAGAGGAAACGACAUGAGGAACCAGAGAGGAAACUAAAUAAGGAACUGGGUGAACCCGUACACAAAACCGCUGCUGCUCAAACAAGGAUCUACCACGAGGCUACGGCUAAUGAGAAUGCUAACGAGGAAGCUAUCGAAGAUGUUAUCACUAACAGAAUAUACCUGGAGGAUGCACAGAAUCAGGAACUGUCCAGAAAAAACUCAUAUCAGGAACCAGCCCCAGAGAACUCUCACAUCCAGCAGAUCUCAAAAGAAGACACCUCUUUGUCUCUGGACAAGCAGAUCUCUGAGUUUCAGCAGCUUCUUCUCAGAGAUGUCAAGCUCAUGAAGCACAAACAAGUGAUCCACCCGGUGUUACAGCAAGUGGGUCUGAAGAUGAGUCUGCUGGACCCCUCCCUCCCUGUUGACCUCCAGUACCUGGGCAUCCCUCUGCCCCUCCCCCCUCCACAAACCAAUCAGGAGCCGAGUUCAGCCGACACAGGAGGUGUCAGUGGAGCCUUUGUGUCCCGAACAGGAAAAACCACCGACGUGACUCAGAUCAAAGGAUGGAGAGACAAGUACAGCUCUGACUCAGUGCUGUCCCCUGAAGCGGCCCCUGUGUCUGAACCAAAGAAAAACCUCUCGGCGUUCUGCAGCGACAUGUUGGAUGAGUACCUGGAGAUGGAGGGCAAACUCAUCGACGAACGUGCUUCCUCGUUCACGACCCAUGACCCCGCCCCCUCCCCUGUGACCUUCGAUCUCCCCACACACAGCAAGAGCUACGUCCGCGUGCUAACCAGUGUGCUAAAGGCUAACCCAGUGGCGGACAGCAGCACCAGUGACCUCAUCUCUGGCUUCGUCCCUCCCUCCAAACGCCCUAAACCUCCACCAAACCGUGCUGCCAAGAAAACGUUCAAACAGAGGAAGAAACUCACGCGCAAAGACGAAAACUACAAACUCACAACAAAUUAUGAGGAGCAAAGAGGAAUGCAACCUGGAGUCCAGAACGUGGAACUGGUAGACGCCAGGAAACUCAAGACUUUACGAGAGAAACGGCGCUUGUUUAAGGCGGGUUUUGGGUUCGACAAUGAAGCUCAGAUGAUUCAACAGAAAAAAUUUGGAGAGACAGAUGAGGCUUUGUGUUUAGAAACCGAAAACACGGCAGACUCAUAUGAUUAUGAUUUCACCGAACCGCUGUCUCACUCACCCAAACUACAAAAGAACCAGAAGCACAGGUCCGACAGUUACGCCAAAGAGAGCAACUCUGCUUUUGAUUCGUUUUCGGAGAGUUCCAAAUGGAGCGAGUUUGAUUUCGACCACACAGAGCCGAUCUCCGAGCCACCCGAGUUUGGACUGAAACAGGGCAGACGCCGAAGGAGGAGGCGGAGGAGGUCAGAGGAACUGGAGCUAAUGGCGCCGCUCGAGUCCGAUUCUGAACUGUGCAACGAGGAAACUGACCAGAAACCGGCCAUUCGGAGCCAGAGCAGGCAAGACAAAGCCAAGCAGAGAGAAGAGGAGAUGGAGACGCCUAAUCAGAAGGAGCAGGAGCCAAAGCAAGCCAAUCAGAGCUGGCCACUGAUGACGAAGGCACUGGUGAAGCAGAGGGACCUGGAGCAGAGAGGAUUCUGGGAAGGAAAACAGCGCACCUACAUCACCCACGAGCGUGCGACUGUGGCCCUCAGCUCCCUGUUCACAAUCAAGGGUUUCGUGGCGGAGGACCCUCGUCUCCCAGUCCGCCUCGCCCCCCGCCCGGCCCCUCGCUGUCUGAAUGACUUCUGUAGACUGGGAUGCAUGUGUGCCAGCCUCACCCACUGUGCCCGGAGCACCCACUGCCGCCGCGCCCACUGCAUGCUGCGCUGUACCUGCCUCAAACAGAAGGUGGUGCUACUGCGCAACCUCGACAACUCUGACAGCCCCUCCCCUCGUUACCCCGCCAAGAAGAAAAAGAGGAGGAGGAGGAUGAAGAUGGCCUACGUUCUGAAGGAGGCAGAGAGCGUAUCCCAGCCCGCUUCUCCAGUCCGGACUCUGUGGGUCAGAACCAGGGACCAGGACCAGGACCUGGACCUGGACCCAGUCUGUGUCCCUGCUGCGUCUGUGCUCCAGUGGCACACAGCAGAACAGGCAAGUGAAGAGGGUCAGAGCUGCGCCAGAAUCCGGAGUUUCUCUGAACGCAAGCGCAGAAAACAGAGGCCUGGUUCAGAAUCCGUUCCUGCAGUUCUCAGCGAACAUCUGAACAAAGAACCGAGCGACCCCACGGUAACCACGGAGGAGAGCCGAAGCUGCGCACGAAUCAGAGCGUUCACCGGCCGCACUCCGAGGAAACAGCAGAAAACUCCAGAGUCAGACAAACCAUCGACUCCAUCAGGUCCUGCUCACUCUGUGCCCAAGCGCCUGGUGCUCCUGGCCAACUGUCACUGGCAGAGUGAAGGUGACCGCAUUUCUGUGCUCAAAGUGCUCUGUGAGGCUCUGGCACUCGGAUCUCUGGAGCGGCCAUUUUGGAUUGGCCCCUACUUCAUCUCCCCCUUCAGCCCCACUCUGGUGCACAAGGACGGAAAACCCUGCACAGAGAUCAGAGUCCACAUCUCCACCCCCAAAGCCUACAUGGCCACUGCAGAGAAAGAGAGGAGGGAGGAGACGAGAAAGGAGGAGAGCAGAGAGGAGGAGACAAAAGAGGAGACAAAAGAGGAGACGAGAGAGGAGGAGACGAGAGAGGAGGAGACGAGAGAGGAGGAGACGAGAGAGGAGGAGACGAGAGAGGAGGAGACGAGAGAGGAGGAGACGAGAGAGGAGGAGACGAGAGAGGAGGAGACGAGAGAGGAGGAGACGAGAGAGGAGACUCCUGAAGCCAAGUCCAAUUCGGAGAAAAAGAAAAUUGGUGAGGAGAAGGAGGAGCAGAGGAACAAGGAGACGAGGGAGGAGAGAAUAGAGGAGAAUGAGGAGGAGAAACCCAAAGCCUGCAUCCUUGAGAAAGACAGGAGAGAGGACAAGAAAAUGGAGGAGAGGACAGAGGAAAGGAGAGAGGAUGAGGAGAUUGACUGGCCCCAAGAUGAAGAUCAGCCGGAGCUGUCUGAGCCUGAAGAUCAAGGGGUGGAGUCUAAAGAUAAAAAGGCAGAACAUGAUGACCAAGAGGGGUGUCAAGAGCAAGGGGAGGAGCCUGGUGACAGGAAGGCAUCUAAACCACCUGAGGACCUGAUUGAAGACCGUAAACAGGAUGUGAAGUUCCCGUCCAAUCAGAUCGUGGCUCUGCCUUUUCUCACAAGUAUCAGUCCAGCGGGAUUCAUGUCUGCAAGUCUGAAGAGAGGGAAGGAUGACAACUGUGUACAGGUCAAUGGAAAGCUGUACCCUCUGGCUAAAGUGCAGUUGGGUCGAAUGGGCGCGCUUCAUCCUGCGAACCGAUUGGCCGCUUAUCUGACUGGGAGAGUGGGCGGAAGCAGUAGACCUCUAAGCUCCGCCUCCCCACUCGCCACUGCUUCACCUUUGACCUCUGCACCCAACACAAUCCUUCCUACCUCCACCGCGAGUACCACAGUUGGACCCAACCAGAGCUCUGCGCGGCCCAAACCUGAGUCUGUGGCCGGGUCUGGGUCUGGGUCUGGGUCUGGUCCCAAACCUUCGGUGCCCACAUUUCCACCCGGUUCUCAGGUGAAUGUUCGUCCACCUCCUCCUCAGGUCCUGAUGAUCCAGGUCCCAGGUCCCAGCUCGGCUCCUCUGCAGCAGAUUGUCCCCAUCUCCUCUGGGUCCCUGGCGACGAUUCCGCCCUUCUCCCUGCCCCUGUCUGCCCUCACGUCUGUUGCUCCCAUCGCACCUGUCACGUCCACCACUCUGCCCCUCUCCACUCUGACCCCUGCCCCUUCCCUCCCCUCUGGCUCCACCCCCUUCUCCUCCCUCACUCCUGUCGCACCUGUUGCAUCUGUUUCCUCCACCAGCCUGACCUUCUCCACUCUGACUCCCGCCAUCUCCUUCCCCUCCAGCUCCAUCCCCCUCACCUCCCUCACUCCUAUUGCCCCUGUCUCCUCUGGCUCCAACCCCAUCUCCUCCCUCAUGCCCGUCACUCCUGUUGCACCCGUCGCCCCUGUCUCCUCCGGCUCCCUGCCUCUGGCCCAGACUCGGACUGUGCUUGUGCCUCAGGUCGGCUCUCCUCAGACCCUGCAAAUAUCUGGUCCCGCCCUCUCUGGUCCCGCCCUCUCUGGUCCCGCCCUCUCUGGUCCUGGAGGGCGCUUGUUUCGUACACCCGAUGGACGUCUGGUGCAGCUGAUACCACUCCCACAGAAACCCACCUCCUCCAUGAUCCACAACAACAAACACAUGAUCAUCUACAGAAGAAUGAAGAACAAGAGAGGAGAGGUCACAUUGGUUCCGGUCACCGGCCAAUCAGCAGCCUCUUCACCUGGGACAGUAAACCCCGCCUCCUCAAGUGUGUCCUCAUUCGUGAGCCCGAAGUCCGGCUACUCCUUUAAAUUCUUCCCCGAGAAGAGCACCAAGGAGAAGGUGGUAGUGAGAACAUCUGAGGUGGUCCCCAAUCCUGCUCAUGUACUCAAGAUCCUGACCAAAACCAGCCAGAACCAGCCCAAAACCAGCGAAAAACAGCCAAAAAACACAAAUCAAACCAGAAGCGAGGAGGAAGAGGAGCCCAGGUCUGUCUUUAAGGGUGCAGAAGAGGGCCAAGGUGUAGAGGAAGAGCUUGCAGUGGACUUAAACGACUUGGAUGUGAUCUGUGUGGAUGGCGAGGAUGAGCAGAGGAGAGAGGAGCAGAGGAGAGAGGAAGAGAACCAAGACGCCGUCGUGAUCGUGGAUUCUUCCAGUGAGGAAACUGAAAAUUCGUCAGACUACAACAGCGGUGAUGAUGAAACUCGCCAGAAGAAAAAAGACCUGGGACGAAAGAUCCAUAAUUUGUCAGAGAAGAUUCGACGUCAUGAAAUGGACAACCUAUUCCAGACUCUGAGGAAAGAGGUCGGACUGGAAGACCCGCUAGCAUCCAGAAAACUGACCCUCAACAAGGCUCAGGCGCUGAUCCAGGAUCUGAGGACCACAGAGAAGCAUCUGAGGAGCCUAAAGCUGCGACUGAGAUCCUCCAGAGAUGGCCUCCUGAACAGACUCCUCCCACACACAGAGGAGCCGGCGGUCCAAGCUCUCCUCAGAGAACACAGACGCAGGAAGGACUCCAUGGUUCCUCGAGAGGAUGAUGUCAUCGAGGUCAUUGACCUGCAGAGGGCAAAGCCACGCCGCAGGAGAGCCAAUCAGGCUGAGGAUGGACAGAUGGAUGUGAAGGUCCAACGGCAGCUGAAGACACUCAUCACGGACCAGAGCUCUGAGGUUUCGUUAGAAGAGGAACAGCAAAACUUGCAGGAGGAGCUUCAAUCGACCAAUCCCACACCAGCAAAGACUGCGACAUCAUCUCCUGCUAAAGCCCCACCCCACACUGUGACAUCAUUUCCCACCAAUGUCCCGCCACUCCAUGCUGUGACGUCAUCUCCAACCAAAACCGCCGCCUCUCCCUCUAAAGUCCCAGUCACCAAAUCAUCAUCCCCCAUUAAAACUAUGACAUCAUCCCCAGCGAAAGCCCCACCUCCCCAUGCUGUGACAUCAUCACCCGUCACCCUCAUCAUUACCCAGAAUUCCACACUACGGCAGAGGACAGUCCCAAAUAUUCUAUCUCGGCGCAAGACAAGCGCAAGCUCUGCCUACAGUCAAAAGGAAGGUCCUCAGAUGCAGACUGUUCUUCCUCCUCGUUUUGUGAUGACUUCGUCUUCAUUACCAGCUCCAAUGUUUCAGGGACAGGUGUUACCGCGGCAACAGCUGGUACCUGCGCAGGUGCUCCCCCCUCGUCAGGUGCGCCCUCCUUGCCAGCAGGUGGUGACACUGCAGCCUGUGCUCCCGUCUCCAGCCAUUGCAACCGUGGCCCUGAACCUCUCAAACAAUCAACAGCUAUCCUCUGGGCACCGGCUCUCCCCAGGUGACCUGAUUACCUGCAGUGCCCCUCUCCCCAUCUCUAACCCAGGUGGGGAGUUGAACCUCGUACACCUGGUUUCUCCUCAAAAGGCCUCCACCCUCCCCUCUCCAAAACCACAACUCCCAUCGGCCCCUGCUGCUACUUCUGCCCCACCCACAGUCACACAGACUCCUCCCACUGGGCCUCCGCCUUCUAAAGACCCUUCUCCACUUGUGGCUGGUCCCACAAAAAUUACAGAUCCUCCACCUUCCCCAAAAUCCCUUUCUCCUCAGAAAGCAACGGGACAGUCUCAAACACUACAGCUCCCGUCAGACUCUGCUCCCACUGCUCCAACAGAACAACAGUUCCCAUCAGUCCCUGCUUCCACUGCUCCAACAGAACUACAGCUCCCAUCGACCCUUGCACCAACUGCUCCAACAGAACUACACCUCCCAUCAGCCACUGCUCAAAGGAAAAUUAAAACCAUAUUGAAACACAUACCUCAUCCUACCUCCAAAAAAACAUUUUCUAAAAAGGAAACAGUCCAGUCUCCAAAACUACAGCUCCCAUCAGCUCCUCCUCCCACAGAAACUACAGAUCCUCCAUCUUGUCCUCUUUCUGCUGCUCCUGUCCAGCCACAGCCUUCCUCCCCCACAGUGCACCAAUCAGAGCCCACCCCACAGCGAUCUGAAUCCGCCGCCUUCUCUCUGGACAAUUCACAGCGCCACUCCUCUCUCAUCCAAUCAGAGCCCUCCCUGGCAUCGCUGUUGAGUGAGAUCGCAUUUUUAAACCAGAAUUCAAAAACUUCACCAAAUCAGAGCCCGGGUCCAGCCUUAGCCCCGCCGCCACUGGUGAAACUGUCCAGUAGCAGCUCAAUAAGCAGAGAAAAGGCCAAUCACAGCUCAGGGGGCGGGGCCUGGAGGCCGAUGCCAAAGCUACGCCGGCUCUGAUUGGUUUAAGGUACAUCAUAAGAUUAAAGGGAUACUGCUGUACAGCGCCACCUACAGUUCAGUUUGGGACCAACUUUGAGCCUCAAAACUAGGCAAAAGUUCUGUAGAAUAAAAAAGAACCGGGGACUGAACCGGGGACUGAACCGGGGACUGAACCGGGGACUGAACCGGGGACUAAACCAGGGACUGAA